GUAACCAUAAAAAAAUAAAUAAAUAAACAAAACUAAGACAGCAAGGCAACAACACCACUCAUUCUUUUCUUUUCUUCUCUUCUCUUCUCUUGUUUUCAUCCACAUUUGCAAUGGAGAACAAGUGCUCAGUUGUUCUUCUGCUUCUUCUUUGCUUUGUCUCUGCUCAUGCUUUUGGAACUCAAAAUGGCUCUGAAUCAUGGGGCUAUGUAGAAGUUAGACCAAAGGCUCAUAUGUUUUGGUGGCUAUACCAGAGUCCAAACAGAGUGGAAAAUGGUUCAACUCCAUGGCCAACAGUCCUCUGGUUACAGGGUGGACCAGGUGCUUCUGGUGUUGGACUUGGUAACUUCCAAGAGAUUGGUCCAUUGGAUGUUAAUUUGAAUCCUAGAAAUUCCACUUGGUUAAACAAAGCUGAUCUUCUCUUUGUGGAUAAUCCAGUGGGAACUGGUUACAGUUAUGUGGAGGAUGAUAGUCUUUUUGUGAAGAGUGAUGUGGAUGCAGCCAAUGAUUUGACUACUCUUUUGAAGAAUCUCUAUAACAACAAUGAAACUCUUCAAAAGAGUCCACUCACAAUUGUUGCAGAGUCUUAUGGUGGCAAGUUUGCUGUUACUGCUGGUGUGACGAUUGCCAAUGCCAUUAAAUCAGGGGAUUUGAAGCUUCAGUUUGGAGGAAUUGCUUUAGGAGAUAGUUGGAUUUCUCCAGAGGAUUUUGUGUUCUCUUGGGGGCCUUUGCUUUUAGAUGUUUCUCGUCUCGAUAUCAAUGGCGCCAAACAAUCGAACAGUUUAGCUGAACAAAUUAAGCAACAAAUAGCAAAUGGGCAAUAUGAGACUGCUACAAACACUUGGUCUGAGCUUGAAAAUGCCAUUUCUUCAUUGAGUAAUUCUGUGGACUUUUAUAACUUCAUGUUGGAUUCUAAGAUGGAUCCUUUAGCGACGACAUCAACUACGACAAGUACUACAUCAGGACUAUCGCAAGCAUUGAUUAUGAAGAAGUAUUCUAUGUAUCUUAAUUCGAAGGCCGGCACAGACGGUGAUAUCGAUAGUCUUAUGAAUGGUGCUAUUAAAGACAAGCUGAAAAUUAUUCCAAAGAGUGUGAGUUGGGGAGGACAAUCUAAUUCCGUCUUUGAAAAAUUGGCCGGUGAUUUCAUGAAGCCAAGGAUCGAUGAGGUUGAUCAACUCUUGAGUUUGGGAGUCAAUGUGACAGUCUAUAAUGGACAGGUUGAUUUAAUUUGUGCUACAAAGGGUACUGAGGCAUGGGUGCAAAAACUCAAAUGGGACGGGCUCAAAGAUUUCAAUAACCUGAAGCGAACUCCGGUUUAUUGUGGAAACAAUAAUGAUGGAGAGACGAAAGGAUUCGUGAAAUCAUACCGAAAUUUCCAUUUCUAUUGGAUCUUAGGAGCAGGACAUUUUGUGCCAGUGGACCAGCCAUGCAUUGCACUGCAGAUGGUUGCUGCAAUUACACAAUCACCUGCUCCCACUGCUGCUGUUACAAAUGCUCUCUGAAACAUUAAUUAAUCAGACCUCAUUUUCACCUCUCUUUCUUUCCUUUUUUUUAAAAAAAAAAAAUUAUUUAUCUUUUUUUUUCCUUUAUUUUUUUCUGAAAAUUAGUUGGAGUUAAUGUUGGUCAUGAAAAGAUGGAGAGAAAGAAAAGGUUUGUGUUUUUACUUUUUAGUUCUUUUGUGGAGGUUCAUGAAAGAAGAAGGUGUACAGGAGAUAAUAAAUGAUUUGCAUUGUUUAUGAAUAAAUUUUAUUUUAUUAAUUAA